CUUCGCGGCCCAAUACCCAACCCUUGGGCCCUAGUCCAGGCCCACCAAUAUUCCGCUCCCAAAACCUCGCCUAUGCACUGCGCCAUCGUUCUCGAAUCCCUCCAUUCACCUUCUCUCUCUCUCUCUCUCUCUCUCUCUCUCUCUCUCUCUCUCUCUCUCUUCAUGACGGUGAAAUGGCUGAUGCACUGGCAGCCGAACCCGGGGGCGACGCUGAACAGCCAGAUCCUGGCGGAGGCGUGCGCGUGCGCGGAGGGGCUCGGCGGGGCCAAGGACGGGCGGUGGCGCACGGCCAUGACGUUCUACCGCCCCAUGCCGCGCGACUCCUCCGCGCCCCCCGCCGACGUCCCCCGCGACUUCCUCGGCCUCGCCCUCCACGACCGCCCCGACACCUACUUCUUCAUCCUCCGCGCGCACCGCCUCGUCCUCCACGCCGACGCCUCCAUCCAAGCCAUCAUGGAGAAGCUCCAGUCCUACAAGGCCCGCGUCGUCUUCAACUUCGAGGGAUUUCAGUACAAACUUGGCGAUUUUCGGCUGAGGGUGGGAAAGUGUGUUCCUUCCAUGGCUGAGACCUUGAGGGGGAUCAUGAUGGAGGUAGAAUACCUGCCUUUAUCUUCGAUAGAAAAAUCCCGGCAAAUAUUGGAAGAAUUCUUCGACAUAUGGCAGGAGGCACUAGCGAAGAAAUCAUUGCCUGGGCAUUUCAUCCACAUCGAAUCGAAUUUCGCUGAUUACGGACUUCAAGACCAUUACACUUCGCAGCAUACGGCGGUUCAGUACGCGACCUGCAUGGCCCAACUGAUGGCUGCUGUGAGAAGCUAGUAAAAGCCCUAAAACAGGUGGUUAUAAUAUUGUGCAGUUCAACUUUUUUUUGCCUGUUAAUUAUUCCACUGUUUGUGGAAGUGAUUCUUCACUCUAUGCUGUGUAUUGCAUACUGUUUGUGCUAAGGGUUGGUAGUCAUUUUUGGAACUUUAAUUUUGGUUUCCCUUCUUAUUUCUUUUGCAUUCCUUUGACUUAUAAAGGCUAUAAAUUGCAAGAGGAAAACCCUAACCGACGCUCGGAAUUAUUGUUUGCAUCU